AUGGACCGAUUCGCGUUCCUCGCCGCGCAGCCGUGGCUGUACCCGACGCGGCGCGAGGACGCGCGCGAGGACGCGCGCGAGGACGACGACGCGACGAACGACGGACGCGAUGAGCAGGGUGCCAUCAAUUCCGACGCGCGCGACGGCGGACGCCAUCGUAGUCUCCUCCCGCCGCGCCUCGUCCUCGAGACGUCCCUCCCCGCGCGGACGAUACACGACGGCGUCUGCAGCUUCCACUUCAGCGAGGAGCAGUACCUCCCGCCGUCGUCUCCGCGAUCGAUGACGAGCGGCGACGCCGGCGGCGCCGCGUCGACGACCGUCGCCGUCGUCGGCGCCGCGACCGCGGACGCCAUCCACAUGGCGUUUUCGGCGACGAGAGACCUCCCGGACAUGGCGCAGUUCCGAUGCGUCCUCCGCGCGAGGGAGGUCCGCGACGCGUCGCGCGACAGCGACGGCAGCGCCGUCGCGCGCGAGGCGUCGCCCGACGCGGACGGCGGCGCGCGGAGGAGGACGAGGGCGUGGCUGGAGCUCCGCGUGGACGGGAGAGCGUACGCGAUGGACGCGCGGCACGUCGCGCGAGGGCCGCCGCCGCCGUCGCCGGCGACGCCGUCGCCGGCGAGGGCGAGGGCGACCGCGACCGCGACCGCGACCGCGACCGCGACGCGGCCGUACGUCAGCGUACUGUUCACACACGUCACGCUGAACUUGUACGACGACGACGGCGCGGCGCGAGCGACGGAGACGGAGCGUCUGAGGGAGACGAUCGAGGCGUACAGAGCCGCCGCGUUCGACGCUUUUCGACGCGACGGGUCCCUCGACGCGGCGAGCGGCGACGCGCCGGCGCCGGGCGGGUCGCUCGAGAAUUUCGAGCGGGGAGAAGAGCGACGCGGCGGCGGCGCGUCGUCGCGCGACCGCGAGCGCGCGAUGCGCGGCGUCUACGCCGCCGUCGCGACGCGGCCGCGCGACGCGGCGCGCGCGACGGUCGCCGCCGCGGGCGCCAAACGCGGGCGCCGCGGCGCGGCGGCGAGCGACACGGACGACGACGACGACGACGACGACGAGCUAUCGUCCGAGGAGCUCGUCCCGUUGUGCGGCGGCGUCGAAAUCGAGAAUCGUUGGUGUCGUCGUCGCGGCGUUUUCCGCGGCGGCGCGCCCAGCAGCGGGAUCGGCGGGUUGGGCCACGCGGAUGACGACGGCGGCGGGACCAUGUGCUGGUGCGGCGCGCUGGACGCGUCCCGUUGUAAGGUGCCGCGGCGGCUCACCGCGGCUGCCAACGCGGUCGCGAGCGCACUGCGCUCGAGCCGCGCGCUCGCGGGGUGUCGCGCCGUCGUUCGCGAGCUCGCGCGAUCGAAGGCGUCAGAGCGCGCGGCGUUGGAGGCGGACGGCGUGCCGAGCUCGAGGAGCCCGGAGCGUCUGAGGGCGUGGCGCGAUGUCGUCGAGGAGGAGGCGGCGUUAACGCACGCGGCGGCGAUAGCGGAGCUCGCGCCCGUCGUGGACGACGUCUGCGAGGCUCGACUGUGAUUAAUAAUGUGAUUAAUUACACGUCAUGAAUGACGUUCUAAGGUUA